UGCACGGCACCACUCUAAUACAAAACACGUGGAUUUAUUACCCGUAUUUACUUUGGCAAUAACUUUUCCAUUUUAUUUCAAUACGCGAGUUUUUAUUUUUUUAUUAAAAGCAAAGGUCGAGAAUAGAUGGGGUAGUCUAAAAAGGGACACAAUUUUCAUUCAUGUUUUUAUAAGAUGUUACAAACCACACCUUUUAAAAAUUUGCUAACUAAACAAGCGUACGUAUUUUUUUAGGUAUUUACUAUCCUUCCUUAAAUCUCUUAUUAGCUUAAUUCCUCUAAAAGUUUAAAUGCGCGUCCCAUUAUUUAUUCCUAUUGAUGAUCCGUCUGGAAAAGUGCUUAAACGCACAUCUCUCGAUCUUACUUGCUUUGGGCCAUGUCAGAGGAAGGUUAAAGCUUGUCUUUCUGUUCUUUUCUGUUUGGCUUUACUUUUUAUUUGUCUAUACUUGGAUAUCGUUGCCAUUCUCUUUUGGGACUCGCUACUUCGUCAUUCACCAAAUAGAGCACUCCCAUUACGUUCACUAAAACGGCAAGGAAAAGGGGAAACAACGAUUAAACCGCUAAUUACAAUAAACAAAACAGUAGAAUUGGAAGCUAGAAAUCAGCAACUUAGAGAAAUCCUCAACAAUAGCUUGACUCAUUGGUUAUCAGACCUGCCCGAUGACGGGUGGUGUGAAAGAAUGUCCAAUGGGUUGUUAAGCGAUGAGGAAGCUGAGCGUUGGAAUGUGAAUCAAAGCAGUGAACGUUAUUUGCCUGAUAUAAAGAAACAAAAUCCAACCGAGAUGCCUGAAGCUGGCUGCAAAAAUCUAAAACGACUCUUUCCUUUUCCUGAGGAGCCAGCUACUGAAGAAGAACUUCAAUUUCCACUCGCUUAUGGGAUUCUCGUGUAUAAAUCUCCACUACAAGUGUUUUUACUAAUGAGUGCUAUAUAUCAGCCUCAAAAUGCUUAUUGCCUUGCUGUUGAUGAUCGGCAAUUUAAAAAACAAAUGAAUCUGUUGAUGGACUGUUUCCCAAAUAUAUUUGUUAUGACUGUUAACAAAGUUGAAUGGUGCGAAUUUGGAGUUGUUCGUGGUGUUUUUAAUUGUUUACGUUAUCUAAGCGAGCUUGAUCAUAAAUGGCGUUAUUAUCAGUACCUGAGCGGAGUUGACCUUCCGUUAAAAACCAAUUUGGAGAUGGUUAGAAUAUUCAAAAGACUGAAUGGCACAAUAAAUGCUGAAAUAUUACCCUUUGAAACUUCUCGAAUUUUUAUGAAAUCUCCAUUAACACUUUGGAAGUCAAGUUUAUCAGCCUUAAUGAGCCGGGAAACUGUAAAUGCAAUAAUAAGCAGCAACAAAGUGCGACAACAACUUAAUUAUCUUAAAUUUGGAUAUUGUUCUGAUGAAGCUUUAUGGGGUACGAUCGCUGGAAAUCCAAAAGAGCUAUACAUUCCUGGUGGAUUUGAUGCUAAUUAUCUUUAUGGAAGACUUUUUAAGGAGACGUAUCUAUCUGAUAUUAAGAAAAAACAAAUACAGCGGCAAAAAGAACAACAACAAAAAGAACAACGAGAGAAAGAUAAAAAACAAAAAAAUACUUCUCAAUCCUCUCUCCUUCCUAAAUAUAAUGCAGCCGAACCUUUUAAUCUUUCUACAUACUAUAUAUCAAGAUUUCAAGUUUGGAGGGAUGUGAAUCAAAUGUCAGGCUCUAAAGAAAGCAGAUGCGACGGCAAGUUUAUUGCAAGUUCUUGUGUCUAUGGCAUUGGUGAUAUAGAAAGAUUAAUAAAAAGACCAGAACUAAUUGCACAUAAAUUGUAUUUGGAUUUCGAGCCCGCAGCAUAUUUCUGUCUUUGGAAGCAAAUUCACGAAAGGGCUUUAGAUUGGCAAACGCAGCAGAGAUUUGUAGGAUCGGUCUAUUCAGAACUACCCUUAGUAAAAAUGGCUAGAGGAGCACCUGAAGAUGAACUAAAGUUUUACUUUGAUUAA